GUAACGCUUGGAAACCAGACCACGCGGAUCGACACAUUGUUGUGAUUAUCCUGUGAAAAAAUGUGUAAAGUGGAGAUGCUGAGAGCAUUGUUGAAUCAGCGACUGAGUGCGGCCGUCGAGGAAGUGUGUGGGGUGAUCGAAAGAACGAUAGCCGAGUACGAGGAGGAACUUUGCCGCGCGAAGAAAGAGAACGAGAGACAGCGUCAACUGCUGGACGCCGUUGUCCUGCCUCAGGUGGCGUUACAAAGAACAGACUUCAGUGAUGACUUUCCUCCCCAGCCCCAAGACAUGAAAGAGGAGGCGGAGCCAGAACCCUCCCGCUUUAAAGAGGAAGCUGAGGACGCCUGCACGGGUCAGGAAGAAGAGCGGCAAGAUGAUGAAAAAGAAGGCUCGGAAAGACACACUUUCUUAGCUCCAACGUCGAGCGGUGAGGACACCACAUCACCCGUUCCCGACUCGAUCGAAAGUGAUUCGAACAAGCCAGAGCGACCCUCUGAAUGUGGGGACAUUUCCGCUGGACACGUGAGGCUUCACACGGGAGAAAAAACAUUCCGAUGCUCAGUCUGCGACAAAAGCUUCAACGAGAAAAGCGCUUUGAUGCGUCACAAGGUGCUGCACUGCGGAGAGAAGCCCUACGACUGCUCGGUGUGCGGGGAAAAAUUCUCGCUCAAGUUGGAUUUAGCAACGCACGCGAGAACGCAAAAACCUUCCGCGUGCGCGGUGUGCAGCCUGCGAUUAACGCAAAGGUCAGAGUUGACCUCGCGCGUGAGAACGCUCCCCGGGGAGAAACCGUUCACCUGCUUCUUCUGCGACGGACAAUUCUCUCGCAAGGCUGACUUGACCGAACAUGUGAGGGUACACGCCGGAGAGAAACGGUAUUCCUGCCAUUGCUGCCAACAACGCUUUCGCACGCGUGCGGGAUUUGUUUCGCACAUGAAAACGCACGCGGCGAUGAAACCUUUGGACGGCUCCGCGGGUGCGCUCGGCGGGGGUGCGCUCGGCGGGGCGAAACGUUUCCCCUGCUCGGUGUGUGGCAAAAUACUCACGCGAAAUUCCGACUUGAGGAGACACAUGAGAAGGCACACGGGUGAAAAAGUGCUGAGUUGCAGUACGUGCGGCCAGAGAUUUUCGUACAAGUAUCAGGUGGACAAGCACACGUGUUCAGGAGAUAAGAGCAGUCAAACUGUGGAAGUUUGAAAGAAGAAAAAAAAAAGCUGAAAAGUAGGCUCGCAA